AAUGUUUGUGUGCGCAGUAAAAGAGGAGGUCUUUUCAGGCAAACUGACUCCCUCCACCCUGUCUGCACAGCGCUGCAAACCUACCUCAUCUGCAAACAGACUCCUUUUUAUCCUCAUACUAUCAUUUUUAGAGCUUUCAUCGCCUUAUGAGGACUUUUCUACGACUUCUUUUCCAGGCUGCACUGCGGAAAUCUCACUGAAGCCUCCCGUUUCUUCCUCCCUGUCUCAAACCAGAAGUGCCAACCACAGGAAUCGGAUUGUGUGUUCGUGUGUGUGUGUUUCCUCUGCAGCCUCAUUGUACAGUUUUGUGUCUGUCUGAAGAUAUUUAACCAUGUAUCAAGUCGUUAGGAAACUGUUUUUUACGGACUGUCGGUGCGCUGGCGAUACGCCCGAAGUGUACGAGGAGCUGUUCGCCAGACUGGACACCAACAAGGAUGGGAAAGUGGAUGUGUCCGAGCUGAGGGCAGGCCUGGCUGCCAUGGGCAUCAAAGCUGGGAAGGGAGCAGCAGAGGUACAGCUAUGGACACACUGAACAUGACACACAAAAGCUUUAUUACAAGAAGAGAUGUGCCCAAAAUACGCAGGACUGCAUUCCUGUAAUAACUUGUCAUAUCCUCAGAGUACACUUUAAAUAAUCCCGGGACAAAAACAGACCUUAGAGGGAGGCAUGAUGAUCCUAGCACACUAAGGACUCAAUUAAAUAUGAAGCAUAAAAUGGAAACAAAUGCAACAAGUAAAAUACUCUUUAUAGGUUAGAAACAAUGUGUAACACCUAUUUCCAUGAACUUCUUGAAAGAUUUCUGGCUUGAACACCUCAAAGUAAAACUUGUGUUUGUGCUCAUCCUGUUUUUAGCUAAUUACUCAGUGACUGAUGCUGUAAAAUUGUUGCUGGACAAACUGGGUUCAAACCAUCAAAACAACACAGAUGAAGAAAAGAUAGUCUAGAAAACACUCUGAAAGUCACUUUUAAAGCUUUUCUAAAGCUCAGGACUCAGUCACAUGAUCACUCGGAGUUGUAUCAUGACAUCCUUGUUAUAUCUCUUCAUUAACUUUCUCUAACUCUGGGGAUCUUCGAUGAUACAGGUCAUGCUUUGAAGCCAUGAUACACACCAAGUAGGAGGGUGAAAUAGCAUUGUUUUGCCCCACCUUGUUACCAUUCAGGUGCCCUCAGGCGGGAAACAUGUCCCAUAUACUGCUCCAGUGUGUCUGCUUGUCUCCCAAAACAAAGACAGUGAUCAUUUCAGGCUUUAAACUUAAAAAUUUUUAAAAAUCUGUAGUUUGCAUUUGUAAUGAGAUUAUAAUCUGUAGAUUAUCACUGAAAGAAACAACAUUUGGAGUGUGUUUUCUUAGUGAUAUCAGUCAUUUCUCAUGUUAUAUAACACAAGACAGUUGAAAGGGGACUUAAGUUUAAAAAAUUCCUGUAAGAUUAGAGAAAGAGCUCUUUAAAAUCUUCAUGUUGAACCCAUUUGAGUGAAUUGAACCUCUCAGACUCAUUCCUCCAGAGCCCCUCAUAAACAAACCCCCUCGAGCACACAUUGAACAACCCUAGAAAUCUGGUUUCUCUACAUUACACAACACUCAGGAAAAUCAGAAGCAUGCGAACAUUUGAAACAGUCUCAAAGUUCAAACAGAAGGUGUAGGUGAGCUUUUAUUGGUGGCUCUGACUCCAGGCGGAUGGUCCCACCUUUUAUAAAUCAAAUAAUCUCACAUUCCUCACGCUCAUCGGCGAGAUUGAUCACUUUAUGACUGAGUGAGGUAAAAGUUCAGGAGAGGUCUCUGGGUUGUAUCGACUGAUCAUUCAUGCCGGCAUAAACUGAUCUUAGGCAAGCCCAUUUUCUACAUUGUGUACCUGCAUCUUAAAAUCACAAAUGGAUGCUUUAAAUAAUCUAGGUCAAUCCCUCUGCAAACAGGAGUAGACUUUAUUUACAUAGCACUUUAAGAAAAGAUGACGGAGAUAGUCUUAAAGGACAGUUGCAGUGCAAAAUUAAGCAAAACUAAACAAUGUAAGAAUAAAAAUGUUUAAUCAUUUAUAGACAGAAUGUAGUUUAGACAUUUCUGUGUUUUUCUGCCAACAAAUAAGAACAUGAUUUAUGACUGAGCUCCACCCUGUGAGGAGAUAAAGCACCACACAACCAUCAGUGAUACGAACAUACGGAACUGAUCAUGUCCUGUGUUUUGUACAGAAAAUCGUUUCCUCCGGGGACCAAGACAAAGACGACCGGCUCGACUUUAACGAGUUCUCCAGGUAUCUAAAAGAACACGAGAAGAAGCUGAGGCUGACCUUCAAGAGCCUGGACAAAAACAACGAUGGUAAGGUUUAAGACUUGAAUCAGCACUUACUGACGUAUGGCUCUGAAAUGAAGUAGAAAUGAAGGAUUAUUGUAUUGUGGUCUCAACAGGUAAAGUGGACCCUCUGGAGAUAAAGCAGGCACUGGCUGAUCUUGGUCUGGACAUCAGCACAGAUGGGGCGCAAAAAAUCCUACAGAGGUGAGUCCGCUUCUUUCGUACUCAAUUUAAAAAGCUUACUCGCGCUUUAAGUGGUUAAGAGCUAAACCUGAAGGGAUGAAGUUAUGAACGUGUUGUCUUUUUCUGGCACGUGCACCUGAGAAUAAACACAGAGCUCGAAUUUAGAGUGACUUGAAGAGGAGAAGGUGUGGUCCUGUGCGUGGGGCUGAUAGGGAGGUCGCUGUGUGAAACUGGCAGAGAGGAGGACUGACGGCACAUGAUAAAGAAAAGAGAAAUAUCUGAGUUUGAGAGGGGGAAAAACAUGCAGGAACAAACACUAACUAAAGAGAGGAUUGAUCUAACCCUAAUCCAAGGUUGAAUAAUGGCUGUCACGUGCACAGGUAGACCUCUGGGUAAAUUCAGACACUAAUCAUGGAUUUGUCAGUCCUUGUGUGUUAAAUGGGAAAGCCUAUAUAAUGAUAUUUUAGACCCCUCCAUUAGUUUUUUUCACAUCUGCAUAAGUAAAUGUUUCAAGUAAUCAGUACUCUCUGUUCAAAAUUGCCUUGUAUUUGUAGUUUUAAAGGACACCUGUGCAGAAAAGUCAAAUAUAGAGUUUUAUGAACUCUCUUUUUCAGCACCUGGGCUGUGUAAGGGGCACUGGUUAGCCCAGCUGCAGUUAGUGGUAUUCUACAUUUCAUGUCUACUUCUCUUCUCCCCACAUUUUUGUCCCUCUUCAGUUGUCCUGUCCAAUAAAGACCAAAAAUGCCCCAAAAUUUUGGUGCAAAAUACUCGGUAUAAUUGGUUCUCAUAUUGACUUAAAGCUCCUAUGAGGAACUUCUGAUUUGUGCCAAUUUUGGCGCCCCCUGUGGACAAAGCGGUCUUUGCUUAUCUCGUCUCUUACACGCAUUAAUCUAUACUUCAAAAAAAAAAAACUAACCCGCUGUCUUCAAAAGUCAAAUGUAUGAAUUAAUGCCAUAAACAUGUUUCAGCAGUCUGUAUACAGUAUAAUAGUUAGUCUUGUUGUUGCUGAUGGUCUAAUUUUCCCUUUGUAGGUCAUAUAGAGAGAUGCAGAUAUUGAUUUCAGCAAGUUUCGUAACCUUAAAGAAAUCAUGACAGAUUACGACAGAAGCUUUAACUUUACCUCUUCUUUGUUUAAUGUGUGUCGUUUGGUGGAGACAAAGCUAAAACAUAUUACCAGCUUAUUUAGGUGAACUUGUUUAUGAUUGUUUAGGGACACAGAGCAAAGGGGAAGAAAUGUUAAAAAAAAGACAAAAAUUGUGAGAAAAAUAUAAUUAUAAGAAAAUCAUACAAAUGAAAGACGAGAUUUUUGUGUUUUUUGAGUCAAAGGUGAUGGUCCACCGCGAACAAAACAUGCUCAAGUUUAAUCCAAAUAACUCAAAUAUAUUAAUAUAAACACAUUUUCACUUUUUAAUCUUAGUUCAGAUUGUAUCUGACACAUUUUAUCACUAUUUGUUCUCCUGCCUCUUAUAAAGUGAAAAAAAUUGUGAAUUAUCAACAAAAAUUGUCAGUGCAACAUUACAUGCCUAAACAGACAAUCCUAUUUUUAAUCACAGAUGUAUCGUUAGUAUCUUUAUUCACACAUAAACAAAACGAGUUGGAGUGCUUCUUCAGCUUCUUCAUUAGUGGCCAUCAUCAGUCUUUCCAGUCUCUCAGCAUCAAUUUAAACAGACAGAACAGGUUUCUGCAGAGUGCUCUGCAGGGUGUGCCUCAUUUGCAUACAGAAAGUCAGACGCUGCAGAUGUUCAGAAAGACACUUCUUCGCGCAAAGAGAAGUAAAGCAGGAUAUGCAUGACUGUGAGUCAGACGGGGGAGAUUUGUGUGAAAACCGCAGAGAGCGAUUGAUGAGCGUGUCAGCCUGGAGAUGUGACACCGAGGAAGGAAAUGAAUGAAAGAUGACAAGAAAGGGGAGAUGAGGACAGAGUGACCGAACAAAAGACUAAAAGAAGAGAUAAAGAAGACACAUUUGUUUCAAAAUACACAAUAAUUAUCCAAUAUUUUCAAUUAUAAGUGUAGUCAGUGCAGAUUCUAGCAGGGCUGAUCACUGCUGGAGUUACAAUUGUGCACGCUAACAACAAGCUAGUGAACAACCUAAAGACUUAAAUCAAUUCUGCUGAUGGGGGAUGCUCUUUGAAUUUUCUUCUUUGCUUUUUAAACAUUGAAAGUGUUGUUGAAAAGUUCUCUCUCUCUCUCUCUGAAGCCCAAGUUCAACUUAAUUUAUUUGCAUGAACAAAUCAUGCAAACAUGCCAGUGCCGAGUCUGUUUACAGAAGAAUAAUGACAUAUUUUCAUAGAUUAUUCCUGUAAUAUGUGUGUUUUAUAAAGACGCAUAAUAUUAUCAACAUGACCUCAGUAUCAGCAGGUAUGAAAAUUUCAUCCCUAUAUAUCUAUUGGCUGAAAGGUGAUGCAAUAUUUAAAGGUAUGCGACGAUAACUUGCACGUUAGUUGCAUUGACGUGCAAACAAAAUGUGCGAACUCUGACGGAUUCCAACACAGACAGCAUUAUUGGAUUUUAAUGUUAUUGAUGAAGUGAUAUAAUCUUGAUUUUUUUAGUCUUGAUUUGAACUCCCUUCUGUCUGUCUUUUGUUCACUGAGCACAGAGAAAGGACAGACUUAAUUGUUUGGGGAAGUGAAUGGGAUUUAGACAGACUAUCGCCAUCACUGGUAAUCCAUUAGCCAAUUUUCUUGAGCGCUGCUGGAGGGUGUGACGUGAAGCUUAAUGGAUGAACUUUGACCUCUGUGUGAAAGCUCUAGUGAGGAAAUUAUAGAGGGGAGUGGACUGAAAUAAUAUUGAUGUCUCUCAAGAGAUAAUCUGCAACAAGAUCUAAAAUUCCUCUGGUAACUUUUAAUUCCUUUGAAUAUCAUAUUUGAUUUGCUAUCGUCACUCUGUUUCUGUCUUCUCGUCAUUCCCAAAUACAACACAGUUUUUUCCUUUAAAUCUUUAAAAAGUAGGAUUGUCUUAACUUCAGGUUCUAGUAUUUAAAGGUUCGACACUGCUGCUGUGGUAUACAACAUAAUAUUAUUGUGUUCACACAGUAUUAGAUCUAAAAAUAGAACAAUGCAAUGUUGCGACUUACUAUAAAAUCCACUCGCUUCGUGAGACCGGCAGCUUCCCAGUGAAAAAAAAAUUGUUUCUGUGACAUUAAGGAGCUUUUUCUACCCCACAGAGAAUAUCAGUGUUCUUCAGAGACAUUAUGGAUCCAGUCCCUCAUAAAAACUGAAGACAUCUGUGAGGAUUUAUGUAUAAAUUUUAACAAAGAUGUGUCACUUCUGUCGCUAGCUGGCUGGGUUUGAAAAAGGCUGCCAUCUUUGUUUUGAUCUGUUGACCAAUCAGAGGCUUUCUCUUUACUAAUACUUGAAUAUGUGAUCAUUUUUAGUUAUGAAACUGAAACUGGCAGUAUCUCAAAACAUUUAAAAGACAUUCAAACAUCAAAUUACCACAUUGUAUGUAAUGUGUCUGUUUGUAUUGGUGUUAGUACAGUGAUGAAGGCAUAAUGAGAAAUUAGGUCAUAAUAAUAUGCAUGAUUCCUGUUUUGGAUGAAUUACAAUAACCUCCCAUCCCCAUUAACCUGUUAAAAAGCCUAAAACGUCCUGAAUGUCUCCUGUUUGUCUUUGCUGCACAGUAUCGAUGUGGACGGCACCAUGACAGUGGACUGGAAUGAAUGGAGGGAACACUUCUUGUUUAACCCCGCCACCAAUCUGCAGGAGAUUAUCCGCUACUGGAAGCACUCCACGGUAAGGACGGAGCAUGACUCAGCAACCAGACCGUCUGUGUCCUCUCACUGUGAAAGUGACAUGUCCUCCUAAAGAUGAAGCCAGAUAUUAAGUUUGGCCUGAUAUUUUAUGGCUUAUUUUGGUUAGACUACCGAUCCCUUUAAAUUAAAGGUGCAGUGUGCAGAAUUUAGCCACAUUUAUCAGAAUAGAUUAAGCUGAAAUUGUCGAGCACUUUGUAAUCUGCUUUUGAGAAGUGGUAUUUCAUUAGAAAUCAAGAGAAUACAGUAGUUGUAAAUAUGUUUAUGAUUUAUUUUUUGGAAACCUUGGAUGACCCUUUUAUAUCUGUAUAGGAGGGAGUCCCCUUGAACAGAAGUUGCCAUCUAACAAACUGGCUGAAUUUGGGCUUUCGUAUUUUGUGUAACAUGCUUCAUCAAGCGUUUGAUCCUGAAUCCGACAGUGAGAUAUUGCUGAUAUUCCUGUUUCUACACUCUGUACCUGUUAUGACUCAGGGAGAAAUAUAUUAACAUCAUCAAUCUGCUGAGUAAGGUUGUGUUACCUUUACUGUUUGUAGCUUGAUGUCUCAAAAAGUCCAAAAUUUCCUUGAGUUCCUUGUCAUUUUGGAGUCAGGAAUUCUCAGAACAAACUAAACUGAAGCUGAAUUACGGCCUGGGAACAAAAGUUGUGAAAGAUAAGAGAAUUUCUGUUUAGUGUCAAGGCCAGUCUGAGCUUGUCCUCUUCGCUCUUUCGCCUCGAAAUAAACCACGAUGAAGCGGCUAUAUAAAACAGGUUGGCAAAUCAGUUGGCUCUCUGUCCUUUACCUUCAGUUUCUUCAAACCGUUCCAGCGUUCAGCGUAAGAGCGCUUUUAGCUAAAGGGGAAAGUUGUGAAAGAGAGUUGUUGGCUUGAUGUUGGAUUUGGAGAAGGAGAUUGGCAAUCGAUCAGGACCUUUACGUCAACAGAUUAGACUCAUUCAUUAGAAAGAGUGAGAAGAGAGAAGGUGACAAGGAGGAGUUUAGAAUAACUGUCUGUAAAACAUGAGCCUAAAAAUGACUAAAGGUGAUCAAUCUGUCAGAGAAAAUGAAGUUUAUUAGAAGUUUCUUUUAAAAUUCUUUUUAUUGAGAUUUCCUUGGUUUUAAUUUAACAGCGAUCAUUCACUUCAACACCUGAGAAGAAAUAAAUGAAUAAUGAUAAAUGAAUAAAUUAGAUGAAUAAAUCUGUAAAUAUCAAAGUAAAAACAACGCCAAGAUCAUACAGAAUCAGAUCAUAGUAAAACAAUGCAAAUAAAAUAGAAUAAAAUAACCACAUUAAGGAAAUAGAGAGGAAAAAAUAAAAUAAAUAAAGUAAAGUAAAACAAACUAAAAAAGGGUAAAAAAAAUUAAAAGUAAAAAAUCAAUAGAAACACAUUAUAAGUUUCUGGACCUUUAUGCUUUACAAGUCAAACAGAAGAGUUUAGGACAUCUUAUGGUCCAAUUCUUGUAAUUUUGUAAUGAAGUCUUAAACAGUGGGGAAAGUGAAGAUUAAACACAGUAUGUUUAUAUUUUUUAUCCAUUUUAGCCAGUAUAAGGGCAGAAAGUCGUCUCCCUUGGAUUCACGCUCACUAACAUGACACCAAAAUUAACAAAAAUGAUACUAUUUGAAGUUUAAGAAAAAAGAUCUGAAGUGAUGUUUGAAAGAUAAUAAUGAAAAAACAAAAUAAAAGGCAGAAUAACAAUCUCUGUAAGUACCCAUGUUUUUAUCUAAAGUUUCUGGAGCUGCUGAGUCAAAUCCAAACUUUUCAGAUCUGAAUAUUUAAAGUGUACAGACUCAUACGUCUGUGUCUGACCACACUGUGACUUGGUUUUUCUGGUUGCAUGUCAGAGACACAGCCAGCUCCAGUCAAUGACUAAUCUCUGACGUUUGCCGCCUUUUGUUCACUGGCACAGCCACAAAUAAACCUGUGGCCGCUAAUCCGAGGCCGAGAUAAGCUAAUUUCAGUCUGACCUGACGGAGGAUUAGCUCGUCAGCAGGAUUGGGACAGUUCACCAGAGAGAGGAAGUGAAUCCAGAGCGGGACGGGACAGGAGAGGAGAGAGGCAGCAGAGAUCAGGCGUCAGUGGGAACAUCUAUGGCAGUGAGAAGUUACCGUCAUCUCCAGUAUUUACGCCGAUGGUUACUGGCUCCUCGGGGUUCAACUUUUCCUACCUCAGGCCCUCAACGUGUGACCGGGCUCUUUAUUAGGAUCGUGUAGAGAAUUGAACAGAUCGAGAUUUUAGCACAGAGUUCGUUGAAAGAGGACUUUUCUCCGAGGCUCGAGUCGACCAUGGCUCUGCUGCAGCUCCAGCAGCAGCAGCAACAACAGAAAAGGUGGUUUUACAUCGACUUUGAGGAUGAUGGGGCCAUCUAUGAGGUGGAGGUGGACAUGGUAGGUCUGUGUAUCCGGCUUCUCCACCCAAGCAGUCUCAUGAUUAUGAAUGAAAGCUCUACUUUUACAGAGGAGCUCAAAACAAGACGUAAGCUGACAUUUCUGCCUAUUUUCGCUGACUGUAGAUAGAGAGUAUUACUGCUGGGUGAUGUUGUUGCCAUUAUCUACUUGGUCAGCUUAUGCAUUAUUGUAUUUUUACACUCCUAUAAUGUUGACAUCAACUUUUGGCCCUUACAGAACUGCUUAAAUAUUUGGUAUAACUCAUAAAUGUGCAGAAUCUUCUUCUUCCUCACCGGCAUCUUCAUCUAUUGUGUUUGUAGCUUGAGCCAAAGUUUGAAAUUUUGCUUCUUUGUGUCUUUAUUUUUCCAUGAGAUCUGUCUGAAAUGUCUGCUGCAGCGUUAAACUGUUGCUAAUGUUGUGUUUCUAAAUGAAGUAGUGUUAUAAAGGGCCGUGUAAUGAAGCGGUUGAUCUCCCAGCGUGGAGCUGUUGUUAUGUAAGGUUUUGAAUAAGGACAUGACGUUCGUCCUGUCCUGCCAGUCUAGAAGUUCAAGGUGAAGCUGGGAAUCAUCAGUCCUUCGAAUCAGUUGGAAUUAACUCCAAAAUAGUCCUCAUUAACUUUCAAAUAGUCUUUGAAUGUUGAUUAUUUUCUCAUGUGGAGGUCGUAGUUUCAUACGAUCAAAGAUACACCUGGACAGUUUGGUAGUUUGAAGAGCUCGUUUGUUUCUUUCAAGCUCUGUGAUCGUGUUUUGUUCAGGUGCUGGACAUCGGUGACAGCCUCGCCAUCCCGGAUGAGUUCACAGAGGAGGAGAAGACGACGGGGUUGUGGUGGAAGCAGCUGUCAGCGGGGGCCAUGGCAGGCGCCGUGUCCCGUACAGGAACCGCCCCGCUGGACAGGAUGAAAGUUUUCAUGCAGGUGAGUCCAGACGUACUUUUACUGCUUAGAUCAGAACAUCCUCUCUGUCUGAUUUUCUCUGUGGAUCACAUGAAGAGCGUGAAAAAGGGUACUCAGCUGGGGUUGACUGUUUUUUGUGGAUCUCACCUUUUAAAAAGUGAAUUUGAUAAAAGAAAAUAAUUUAAAGAUAACAUAAAAUGAGGAACAGAUUGCUGACAAGAAAAAUACCAUUAUUUAGAAAAGAAGAUGAUUUCUUCAAAAUGCCAGAAAUCAGCCUGAUUAAUCAGCCACCUCCAACCAGGACAUCACCACGGGUUCGAGUAGCACACAGCUGCUUCUACCAAAAUAAUAAAAACAGGAUUAUACUGAUUUUUACUGAAGCAUCUCAAUCAGUUCCGUGUCUGAUCUGAUUCUGUGCAACCACUCGAGGUAAUUGAGCAUGAAUGCACGCCGACAAGAUGCCUGACGAGAUGCUUGAACGCAGAGUUUUUACAAAUAAUCUGAAUUAGAAAGGAAUCAAAUCUUGCACAUGAGCAGCAGCCUGCAGACUGAGUUGAUGAAAUAUCAAGUAGUGUCAUAUUUUAUGAAACAGGUAAUGAAACAAAUACUGAAAUGCUAGUCCAGCCCACUUCCACUAUGCUGAAGUAGACAUUAGGAGGACUUAGUGAUAGUUUGCAGUGCGCAGAAGGACGAUGAAUAAAGCGAUCAAUAACUUUUCUGUGUUUGAUUGAAGUGAAAAUUGCUCUUCAAAUGCAGGAAAAGCUGCAGACCAUACACCAUUAAAUUAAAACACAGGGCAGAGUACACACGACUCUAAAGAUUAGUUAUACAUUUUAUUGAUUUUGAAGCAUUAUUUUAUUUGUUUAAGCUAAUGUAGCAGAAGUGAUAAUAUCUCCUUUCUCAUAUUUUCAGGUGCAUGCCUCCAAGAGCAACAAAAUCAGCCUGGUCGGAGGUUUCAAGCAGAUGUUAAAAGAAGGAGGAGUGACGUCUCUGUGGAGAGGAAACGGUAUCAAUGUCCUAAAGAUCGCCCCUGAGACUGCCAUUAAAUUCAUGGCCUACGAGCAGGUAAAUGUAACACUGAACACACCUCAGGCCUUGUGCUCCAAAGACUGACCGUUUCAUCAGUGUUGCCUGGUUGUAUAAUCGCUCUUCCUCCACACCUCUAAUGCUACACUUCUUUGUAACUCUGUUUCUUCAGUAUAAAAAGCUUCUGUCCAGCGAGCCCGGGAAGGUGAAGACUCACGAGAGGUUCAUGGCCGGAUCGCUGGCUGGAGCUACGGCUCAAACUGCAAUUUACCCUAUGGAGGUGAGUGGAGGUGCAACUUAACAGUGUUUCUUUGUAUGUAGGUUGAUUAAUAUCCAUCUAUUAAGAUUGCCAUGAAGUUAAAAUAAUGUAUUUUUUUAAUGAUAGUUACUGCUGGUGUUUGAGUGUGUUAUUUGUACUAUAAGUUUAACUUUUACAUUGAACUAAAUGGACUAGAUAGAUAAGUCAAAAGUAAAAAACAAAACAACAUUUUUAUUGUGUGCGCCGCCAACUUAUUUUCCAUUUAUAGGAAGAGUAAUUAUUAAAAUCAGGUGAAAAACGGGAUGUUACACUCAUAUUGUCAAUGAAGGACGAAGCCUAAAGAAACUAAAGUGUGAUACUGCAUGAGCACGUCAUGAUAGGCAGGCAUGUAAACCAGAAUAAGAGCUUGUAUUUGCGUUUUUCACAGUCAACAGCGGCUGCAGGGAGUUAGAUAUAAUCAUGGUAACAAUCACUAACAGUACUGACAUUUAAAAAAGCUUUAAAAAGUAUUGAUACAUCCAUAGAUCGCUCAAAUUUCCAUUGUUAUCCUCUUCACCCAUUUAUCUGAUGCGAUCAAAACUUAAAUUCCAACUACACACUGUCUUUGUGCUUUGCUUUUCAUUCACCGAACUGCACACAGUGAGAGUAUGUUGUAUGUAAAGGAGCUGAGAUCGUCUGCAGGAGUCAUUUAUAAAGUUGAUGUUUCGCACAAACUGAGCUGGACUUCAUUGUGGUCAUAAUUUUGAUUUUUGAGUCAUAUCGUUCUCUAAAGGAGAGAAUCAAAAGAAUGAAAAACAUCCAAAAUUUUUUCAGCUUAAACCAAACUAAAGAUAACUGCCUCUAGUUUACAAAUAUUACAGCUGACUCCUGUGUUUUCCAGGUGAUGAAAACCCGCCUGACCCUGAGGAAGACCGGACAGUACUCGGGAAUGUUCGACUGUGCCAAGAAAAUCCUGCAGAAAGAGGGACUGAAGGCGUUUUACAAGGGCUACGUCCCCAACAUCCUGGGCAUCAUCCCCUACGCUGGCAUCGACCUGGCAGUUUAUGAGGUUUGAUGAUGAUGAUGAAUUAUCAGACACAAGACUCAAACAUGCAGCACCAUCUGCCAAUAAAACAGUGAAGGCUUGUGAUGGAUGUUUUAUGACGUGUUUCUUUCUCCUCAGACCUUGAAGAACCUCUGGUUGUCUCACUACGCCAAAGACACGGCGAAUCCUGGCAUUCUGGUGCUGCUCGGCUGUGGAACCAUGUCCAGCACCUGUGGACAGCUGGCCAGCUACCCCCUGGCUUUAAUACGAACCAGGAUGCAGGCGCAAGGUACAGAAAAAACAAACCUCAGUCUGAGUCUAUCAGAAGACCUAAUUUUCAAAUCAAAAUGUAGUUAAUCGUGUUUUUCAAAGUUUGUGACUGAAAGCUUUAAAGUCACAGUAAGGAGUUUUUGACUGAACCUUUCCGUGACAAAUAUUCAAAGUGAUUUCGACAUUUCACUUUUGUCAGACAACACUACCCAAACAUGUGCAAGACUGAACUAGUUCAGAUGUAAGAGGUGCAAAAACCGGCACAGGUCCUCACAGAAGCUUUAAAAUUCUUUAAUAAAUGACAGCAAUAAGUUACAAUAAGAGAAGACAUAUAUCCUAUUUUAAUUUAUUAGUGAUAGUCUUUUCACACAGACGUUUUUAUACUUUAAGAACUUAAAGUAUUUGACACUUAUAUUUUUCUAUAACCCUUAAUUUGAUCUUUAAAGACUUUCCUAGAUGCCAGUAGAGUUUGUCACUGUGUUUAUAGUUUUUAUGCUGCCCCCAAGUGGCCACUUAAGUAAUUACAGGUGUAGACACAGGCUCAUAUUUCUUUUAAUAACAUUUGAGAUGAUAGUUUGGAGUAGAGGUCGACCAGUUUUGGUUUUCAGCAGCUAAUAUAGAAUGCUGGCAUCGAAUCAUUGUUUUCGUGCAUUUAAAAUGCUGAUAAACUAGUUUAAAUUUGAUAUAUUAUCUUUGACUUUUGAACAAAAAGAUUUUUGGCUCUGAAUACCUCCACAAAUGAUUUCUUGAAUUUUGUGCAGCCAUCUGUGAUCAUUAAAAUCUUUAAAAAUGUGAGGUUAUAUGAUAUUUGUGUUUAAAAAAGGAUUCCCUUUAAAUAACAACUUCAUAUAUUCCAAUCAUUUGAAAAGUUUCUCUAAAGUUUCCUCUUUCUUCUCAGCUUCUUUGGAGGGCUCGGAGCAGCUGCCCAUGAACCUGAUGGUGAAGAGGAUCCUGGAAAAGGACGGCUUCUUUGGACUUUAUCGUGGCAUCCUGCCCAAUUUCAUGAAGGUCAUACCGGCUGUCAGCAUCAGCUACGUGGUUUACGAGUACAUGCGGUCUGGUCUGGGUAUUCAGAAGUAGACGGAGAGCGGUGGUCUGCAGCAUUUUUGUUUGAUUCGAAUUGUCAGAUUAAGAACUUGUUACCUUUACGUCACUUAAGAGUGGACAUGCAGCAGAAGGAUCCUUUGUAGAAGUUUGAAGGUGAUGGCAGGACUUUGGCUGAGCAUUUGAGCCAUUAUAUAGAAAAUAUUGUUUACAAACUCCUGCAGUAUUCACACAGGGCUAAAGAUGAUAAGACUUCUACAAAAGACUUCUGCGGUGUCUCCAAAUGUGUGCUGUUUGACCUGCUUUAAGAAAACACCCUCAGACUGAAGUCAACCGUCAGUCUCGGGGUCCAGUUUUGGGGCAGCUGGCUUUAAGUUUUUACAACAAGAGAUGGAAAGAAUAUGAAAACCAAAUAUGCUGGUGAAGGCUAACUUUGAUUUCAGAGCAUGUUUAUUUCCUGUGUGUGUGUAACCGUCGAUCAGGGUAGAGAUGUCAUGUUUUAUUUCAGUUAGAAGAAUUGUUCUUUUUAUGUCACUGCACCAGAUACGACACUUGUUCCUUUAAUAUUUGACCAAAAAGCACCUUAUCGCACCGAUCCACUAUGCAGAACACUUUUUUAAAAACUCCAAUAGGCAGACCAAAGUUGUUCACUCACGUCCAGAGAUCUCAACACAUUGGGUUAAGUGGGAGCUGUUUCAUCAGCCCACUUGAGGAAACUUUAAAGUGCAAUACUGUAUGUACUCUUCACUGACUCGCAUUGUUCUGCCACCUGAGUUUAGUUGCUUCCACAAAGGUCUCUUUUUACACACAGAACAUCAUUACUGCACCUUUUGGCUGAGUUUGGUGAACAGGAGAGUCAUGUGCCUUAUGUGUUUUUUCUCCCACCCUCCUUAUUGUUUUUUUGCCUUUUCCCAAUAUUUGGUUGAUUAGAUGCUGGUCUUUCCAUUAAUAAAAAUAUUUGAAUAUAAAAA